UAUAUAUAUAUUUAUAUAUAUAUAUAUAUAUAUAUCUCCCCCUCUUCGUCUCAGCAACUCGUGCACCAUGAGGAUUAUAUUGCUGGUAAUCCCGGCGUGUUUACUCGCCUUAACGGAAGCGCGACGAGUGCAGAUCCGGCCUCGAACGGAAUCUGAAACUUAUUACGAGGAACAGGAUAACCAGGCGGCCGAGGACGAUUUUGACAGCGUGGCGGUCUAUCAACCGCGUACCCGCGCGCUUCCUUCGCCACGCUCGAAGGACGCGCUGCACCCAUCGAAGCCACCGCCGGUGCAGACUAUCAGGAAUUACAACAAGGUCAAUGAUGACGGGUCUUUCACCUUCGGCUACGAGGCGGCCGAUGGUUCUUUCAAGGAGGAGACUCGCGGCGUCGACUGCGUCGUGCGCGGAAAGUACGGCUACAUCGAUCCGGACGGCAACAAGAGGGAAUUUACCUACGUUUCGGGUAAUCCCUGCGACCCGAACGCGCCCAAGGACGAGGAGGAAGAGGUGCCAGAGAAGGAGGAGGAAGAAAUCUCUGGACCAGCUAAUUAUCCCGUCGUCAGACCCGUACAACGACCAAUUCCGGUGAGACCAACGUAUCAGCCAUCGACCACUCGAGCACCCACCACGAUAUUUCAAUCGGAAUAUCAGCUCGAUGACGACGCGAGUCAGGAGCUGACCGAGGAAGAUCCGAAGCCGCAAGUGCGACCCUCGGCCUUCAGAAGACCGAGCACCUUGGUGCAAAUUACACCUUCCACCGCCGUUUACGAGUCCUCGCCGUCCCCUAACCCAUCUUUUUAUAGAUUAGCUUCCACCCCGACGGCCCAGUAUCAGACCACACCGUCGCCCAUUCUCCGCGGUCAGUCCACUGUCGCCUCCAGCGUCUAUCAAUCGCUCGAGGCGACCACUCGCAGACCGGCGACUCGUCAUCAGAGGCCCCAAUCGGUCGCGAUAACCCCGCGGCCCCAUGUCGCUCAAGUGGCCGCGCAAUACGUCUCCCCUAGCAGCACCGAGCGUCCUGACAAUCUAUACUACGCCCAGACACACCCUACGGUAUCGCCUCUGCGCACCACGACUGCCGCUAGCACGCCCCAGCUCGACUUUGCCGCCGAACUCGAGCGUUACGUGAACACGAUCGGCUCGCACGUUUCCGCAACCCCUACCGCGAGGCCUCAGGCUGCCCCACAAGCCUCGCCUCAAACCUCCUCGAGAGUUAAGUUGACCGGUCAGACGACGGUUACCGCUGCAACCUCAACCGCCGCCGAGCCCAUCUACCAGUCGGAACUCGUGUAUGAUCCCUCGACCGGUCAGUACAAUACCCAACUUUAUCAGACACUGCCUCAAACUGUUGGUGACUUUAGCCUCAGUCACAAACUCCAACCAUUCGUAGCCUCACAGCCCCAGUCCCUAGUCGGUCUGCAACAACUGCAACAGUACCAGCAAGCUCAACGGCAGGGUCCAGUCUACAAGCAGGCCCAGUCGGCGCCCACCCCGGCUGUAACGCAGCCCCAGGAAGUGCUCUACAGAAAGCAGCAGGCGCAGUUGUUGCAGCAGUCCCAGCAGCUCUACGCGCAGCAACAACGUCGCCAGCAGCAGCAGCAGCAACAGCAGCAACAGCAACAGCAGCAGCAGCAGCAGCAGCUCCAAUCACACAGACUGCAAUUAUUGGAAUCGCAGGGGGAACCCCAAGCAUUCUAUUACGUGGCACCUUUGAAGGCCUCCUCCAGCACCGCGUCCCUUUCAGUAGGUCAAAUCAAUCAGUUUCUCCGAGGUAGAGGUGAUAAUAAUUAUUGAUACGAUCUAAAUUGCAGCGUUAAGAAUUUAAUCUCGGAUUCUUGGAAUCGCCGGUAUUUAUCAUUCGAUAUUAUCUCGAAUUUUUCGCGAGCUAAACCGCCGAGGAUCUCGAGCUGCUAGAUCGUAAUGUUGGCCCAUGCGUAUAAAGGGUAUUAUAUAUAAGUAUAUGCAAUAUAUAUAUAUUUUAUACAUAGUAUAUAUAUAUAUAUAUAUAUCACGUAUAGCGGCGCUAAAGCUGAAAUAUAUGAAGUAUAUUGCCCGAGUGAAUGGCACAAACGAGCGCUUUGAUGCAUGCGUUGUACGCGGAGAAUGCGUGUGCAAUAUAUUUGAUAUAAUCGGGCGCUCCGCGAGAAAGGCGCGCGAACAUAGUUGCGGUGAAAAGUUUUGUGAUGCGCAAAAGCGGAUUUGACGUCACUAUCACAUGUCGAUCGCAGAAGACCGCGUCGAUUUUCCGCCAAGUUUUUUAUUACACUACAAACGCGACUCUCUCAUAAUUUUCGCAAAGAACGUGAAAUUUUUCGAAAUUACCUUGUUUUCGAUAGCACUUUCAUGUUUUGAUAAUAAAGUGUAUAAUGUAUAUAGCAUAUUCAGUCUGCUUUUUUCCGUCCAAUGCGUGUCUCGAAGCGUUCGUGCGCUACAUCCGCUCGUCUUGGCCAACGCGCGAACGAUAGAUAAUAUUAUUCAUCGACGAUAUGUAAUCGAAGAUCGAAACUAAGAGAGAUUAACGUAUGUGAUACUGGAUAGAGGAACCGCACGCGUACGAUUUCAUGGAUAGUGUCAAUCGCGACUAUAAUCGGUAAAUUUGAUCUUUUCUUUUCAUUAAUUUCACAAUUUUCAUUUUUUAUUAAAAAAUAUUAAAAUUUUAUUUAUUCGCGUACCUCGGAAGCUAAAGAAGGAACGAGAUUUCUUCCGUUUCUCAGACCGAUUUGCACUUCUCGUCAAUCUGUAGUAUCGUGUAAUGUUUAUGAGGCACGUUAGAGAGAGAGUGAAAGCCAACGACCUGACGCAAUACUCAUGCACGCAUAUACGAUGUAUUACCGGCAAUUUCUCGCAAGUCCCUAACACCGUACUGUCGUAAAAGUAUCCAUGGUGGUUUCGCGAUAUGAAACACUUCGUCGCGCAGCCGCGGACUUUUUUCAGCACGAUCCCGUAAGCCCAAGCAGCGUAAUUAUGUUCGAAUCGACUCGAUUAGAAAAAACGUCGAUCUAAUACAGGAUCAGGUCGCACAAAAAGUUAAUGAAACGCGAUGGAAUAACAAAUCGAAGCAUAUCCAUUUGUGCAAUGUUUUGAGACAUUUGCAAUUAAAUAUUGUACGUUGUACUAUUGUAUUAUAUAAUCUAUCAAGUUGCAUUAUUUGAUAUAUUCUAUAAUUGAAUCUAUAAUUGAAAGAUUAAUUUAAAAUUAAUUAUCGCGUAUGAAUCUCUCUUCUGAAUACAUCUCAUGACGCAACGCGACAAAAAUUUUAUAUUUUACAAUUUUUUCUAUUUUUUUUUUUUUUAAUAAAUUAUGAAAAUUAAAUCUUAAAAUUAAAAUUAGAAAAAUAAAAAAAAAUAUUUUAUUACAUCUUGAAAUUGCGUGAUGCAAAUGUAUCACUCGCGUUUUAACUCGGUAAUAAUUCCGAUAUCCGAUACGCUAAUGUCGGUAGGAAGUAUAGCCGGCCUUUUGCAACGUGGAAUUUUGCAAGCUUGCCGCGAGUAGGGUUCACCAUGAGUCGACCGUCGAGGAAACCGCAAUACGCUCUUAUUGGCGUGGUCUCGUUCGUAAGGACAACAUUCUAUUCGCGCCGGACUUUCUAUUUGCAUUCCCUGUCACAAGUGUGAGAAUCGAUUCGAGUUUAAUGCGUUCCGCGACUCGACAGUUCAGCCCGCGGAAAUGUAUAGCAAAUCCGAGAAAAAAAUCGCUAUUUUUAACGAGGUGCCUCACAGCCAUUCAUAAUUAUAUAUCAGAUAUCUUACAUAUGUCAUUUCUUUUUUAAUUAUAAAUUUUUUUUAAUGUAAAUAAAACCAAUUUUUCUUUGAUAAAUUUUUAUUACGAAAAAAUGUUUGUUCAAGCAAGACUCGUUUGGAAUCAAUUAAACGCAAUAAUUAUUACAAUUUUUAAUUGUCAAAUGCUAUUGAUUCUGCUUGCCAUUGAAGUAAUGUUUUGCUUUAAUGUCUGGUAUUUCAUAUAUAUAAAAAAAAAAUCAAAUUAUAGUUUAAAUAUUUCGUAAUUUUGUAAUAGUAUAGCUUUUCUAUCAAACAUAAUUUGGCUGCAUAUUUUUGAAAAAGUUUUCAUAAUCAUCGUGAAGAAGACGGCUUAAUCGACGAUUUCGUGAUUUAAUCGCAAUCACAUUGUUGCUAAUGGGUUCGAAGCGGCGGUUGCCUACUCUCAUAUUGUAAAUAAUACUUGUUAGUUUUAAGGCAUAGCGGCUAUUUAGCAAUUCAUACGCAUACUAUUGCGCAUAAAUCUUCGUAAAGAGGAGACUUACGUUACAGUUGUUUUCUUUUUGUAUCACUUGUAAACAUAAUCGAAAGAAAAAUAUCACUGCGAAA